CCAUUUUUUGCAUCACGGAGAACAGAACAGAACAGAACACAACAUGUCCAAGGGAUCGGUCCUACCACAGUAUAUAGCCGGUUUGUCGGCCAGCUUUGGCGCCAUGUGUAUGGGCGCCUCAAUCGGCUGGUCCUCGCCGGUGGAGAAAAUGAUCACGGAGGAAACGGAUUACGGCUUUGAGAUAUCCUCGGGCCAAUUCGGCUGGAUAUCCGCACUGCUGACAUUGGGCGCCACUGUCAUCUGCAUACCUGUUGGCUUCAUGAUUGAUUGGAUUGGCCGGAGGCCGACUAUGCUGGCCCUCAUACCGCCAUACAUGGUCGGCUGGGUCCUGAUGCUCUUUGCCAAGAACGUGACAAUGCUAUACUUUGGCCGCUUCAUCCUGGGCAUGUGCGGCGGGGCAUUCUGCGUGACUGCUCCCAUGUACUGCACGGAGAUCUCAACGACAGCCUUGCGCGGAACGAUUGGCAGUUUCUUCCAGCUGCUGAUCGUAUCCGGAGUAUUCUAUGGGUACUUGGUGGGCGCGUUUGUCCCGCUUACCACGAUCAACAUUCUGUGUUCGAUUCUUCCCCUGAUCUUUGCCGCAGUGCACAUCUUCAUGCCGGAAUCACCUGUGUACUUGGCAAUGAAGGGACGCAACGAGGAAACCGCUAAAGCCCUCCAAUGGUUACGCGGCAAGGAUGCUGAUAUCAGCGAGGAACUGAAGGAGAUCCUCGACGAGGCACAGAAACAGAAUGAUCAGCCUAAGGUCAAUGUUCUGGCUGCUCUAAGACGUCCCGUCACCAGAAAGGGUCUGGGGAUAUCUGUUCUGCUACAGAUCUUCCAGCAGUGGACCGGCAUCAACGCCAUUCUCUUCUACUCGACUUCCAUAUUCGAGGAUGUAGGCUCAGGUCUCAGCGGCAGCAACAGCACAAUCCUAAUUGGAGUCACUCAAACAACCACAACGCUGGUGGCAGUGGCUAUCAUUGACAAGGCCGGUCGCCGUAUUCUCCUGCUGAUAUCUGGCGUCUUCAUGGCCAUCACAACGUGCCUGAUGGGGGUCUACUUUCAGAUGAGUGAAAGCGAUCCAGAUUCGGUGGUCGGCCUUGGCUGGCUGCCCAUCGUCAGUAUUUGCAUCUUUAUUGUAUUCUUCUCCAUUGGAUUUGGUCCCGUUCCCUGGCUGGUCAUGGCCGAACUGUUCUCGGAGGAUAUCAAGAGUUUUGGUGGAUCCAUUGCUGGCACCAGCAACUGGCUCUCUGCAUUUAUGGUAACGCUCCUGUUCCCGAUCCUGAAGGAUUCGAUUGGGCCGGGACCAACCUUUUGGAUUUUCACGGCUAUUGCUGUUUUGGCCUUCUUUUAUGCCCUGUUCUUUGUUCCCGAGACCAAAGGCAAGACGAUAUUAGAGAUUCAGGACAUGCUGGCUGGAGGAAAGGUCCAAAAACCCGAAAAGAACGAGACGUAGCAGAUCAAACAUCUAAAUGUGCGAAUUGUUUAAUGAAUAUAUGUUAGUGUAAAUUAUCGAUUUAACAUUAAAAUUUCCAGAAAAGUUAA